AUGUCUACUGCCAAUACUGCUGUUGAUUACUUCAACAAAACUGAAGACGAAGUUUUUGAGCCCAACAUGAUGAUUGAAUCCAACAAUGUCCGAUUUAAUCCGCCGAUUGAAGAUUAUCCUGAAGAGUUAAAGAUGUUGGUUCAGUUGGUUAUGACUCGCUGGUUCUACUACUAUCUACAAAAAGACGACGAAAAUCAUAACAUUCCAGAUGGAAUCGAAAGGCAACAAGACGCAGGUUGCCCAAAUUCUUCAAUUACCAUCAGAAGGAUCGUUUAA